AAAGGACCUUUCCGGCCGCCGUCGUGUCUCCAACGUCUCAUCUCGCUGAGAUUCCUGACUUUCCCUGGCUGUACCUGCUCCUCCUGCGCAGCUCUCUUCUCCUCUUCCCCGCUGUUUGAGUCCCACUCGACAUGUCAGAGUACAGCGCGGUGCCGCCGCCGGCCGGCUCCGGGGCCACUCUCGGGGGACAGGCAACGCUUCUUGGGAACGAAGCAGGGGCCGUGAAGAAGGAUGCGUUUGCGGACGCAGUGCAGCGGGCCCGGCAGGUGGGGGAUAUUGCAGCUAAAAUUGGGGGAGAAGCUGGCCCUCCUGUGAACAUGAACACUGCAUCAGAUAGUUUUGCAUUCACUGCACAGAAACGACAGCUGGAGGAUGCAGAUGAACCAGAGAGCAAGAAACUGGCUGCACAGAGUGACUUGGACUCAGCUAAUGCACUAUCUAUUGGUGCACAACUCGCAGUUCUUGCGCAACAACGGCCCACCUCUGCUACAGAAGAGUACAGUGUUCCAGACAGCAUGGUGGGACUCAUUAUUGGCCGUGGAGGCGAACAGAUCAAUAAAAUGCAACAGGAGUCAGGUUGCAAGGUCCAGAUUGCUCCAGACAGCGGAAGCCUUCCAGAUAGGAGUGUCUCUCUCACAGGUCCCCCUGACGCCAUUCAGAAAGUUAAGAGGCUGUUGGAUGAGAUAGUGUCACGAGGAAGAGGCACACCUCCCUCUUCUUAUCAAGAGUCCACCAAUGGGCAGAAUGGCACGGUUCAUGAGAUGAUGAUACCAGCUGGCAAGGCUGGCCUCAUCAUUGGAAAGGGAGGAGAGACCAUCAAACAGCUACAGGAGCGUGCAGGAGUGAAAAUGAUCCUAAUCCAGGAUGCCUCUCAGGGACCCAACGUUGACAAACCACUGCGUAUUAUUGGAGAGCCAUACAAAGUCCAGCAAGCCCAGGAAAUGGUGCAGGAGAUUCUUAGGGAGAGAGACCACAGUGGCUACAGUGAACAAAAUGAUUUCGGCUCCCGCAUGGGAGGAGGCAUAGAUAUCUCGGUACCACGACACUCAGUCGGCGUUGUCAUUGGGCGUAAUGGAGAGAUGAUCAAGAAAAUCCAGAAUGAUGCUGGAGUUCGAAUACAGUUCAAACAAGAUGAUGGGACUGGUCCAGAUAAGAUUGCUCACAUCUGUGGUCCUCGUGACCACUGUGAACACGCCAACCAGAUCAUCAAUGACUUGCUGCAGAGCAUCAGGGUCAGGGAGGAAGGUCAAGGGGGUCCCCCAGGUCCUCCAGGCAUACCCACAGGAAACAGGGGCCGAGGUGGAGGACAAGGCGGUUGGGGUCCCCCUGGAGGGGAAGUGACCUUCUCUAUUCCUGCCAACAAGUGUGGGCUCGUGAUUGGGCGGGGAGGAGAGAGCGUCAAGUCCAUCAACCAGCAAACUGGAGCGUUUGUGGAAAUCUCUCGACAGCUUCCGCCCAAUGGAGACCCCAACUUCAAGCUGUUCAUCAUCCGGGGCUUGCCGCAGCAGAUCAGUCACGCCAAGCAGCUCAUUGAAGAGAAGAUCGAGGGUCCUUUGUGUCCUGUGGGCCCAGGGCCAGGUGGACCAGGUCCUGCCGGGCCAGUGGGUCCCUACAACCCCAGCCCAUACAACCCUGGACCGCCUGGGAUUCCUGGAUCACCACAUGGUGGACCUCCAGGUCCUCACCAGUAUAAUCCUCAGAGCUGGAGCAACACCUACCAGCAGUGGCAGCCUCAGGCUCCCCAUGACCCUAGCAAGGCAGCAGCCAAUGACCCUAACGCAGCCUGGGCGGCCUACUAUGCUCAGUACUACCAGCAGCCGUCGGGGGCUGUGCCAACCCAGUUCCCUGCAAACCCGCCUGUAGGAGCCCAAGCACCAGCGGACCAGACCACACCUGCUCAGAUGCCAGGGGGCCAGGCAGACUACACCAAGGCCUGGGAGGAGUACUACACAAAGAUGGCCCAGACAGGUGGUUCUGUCUCUGGAACGGCAGCAGUGGGAGCAGGGUCCACGACAGGAGGACAGCCCGACUACAGCGCUGCCUGGGCUGAGUACUACAGACAGCAGUCUGCACACUAUGGACAAGCAGGACAGACUCCUGGUCAGCCAGCCACUCCACAGCAAGGACAGACUCAGUGAGAGCCCAGAGCAGAAGGUCACAGCCUAGAGAGAGAAUCAAGAAGACAGGACGAAGAGGACAUUACAGUUUUUUUUGGGCCUGGAUCUGUUCUCUGCUAUUGAUUUUGCUUUUUGUGUUCGUUUAUUUUAUAAAGAGUGGAAGUAAAACCCUCUCCUCGCCACUGAACAUCACCUGGAUACUUUAAUAAUCGUGUGAAGUGAACAGACAUUCUAAUUGGCUUUACUUCUGAGGGGAAGGAAGACUGAUGAUCCCAUCAUGGCAGGUGCACAGAGCUUAUC